AUGUCCAUAUCUUGUCCAUCAUUUUCAUACACACCGUACCGUUUUGUUUAUGGGUUGUCCACAGGAUCAUCUCAUUCCAACACUUCAUCUUCAUCACAAUCCGAUGAUGAAGCAGAUUCUCGACCACGUUACAAAGGUCCUGAACCACCUCCAAAUCGUUAUAAUAUAUGGCCUGGUUUUCGUUGGGAUGGUGUAGAUCGUAGUAAUGGUUUUGAAAAGAAAAUAGUUGAAGAACAAACACGUCGACGAGUUGAACGUGAAAUAGCCCAACGAUGGGCUGUAGAAGAUAUGUAA